AUGUCGCAGAGAGGCGCUGCCUCUCGCCCUCCUUCUCGCCGUCGUUCCCAGUCACUUUCGACCGGUGCGAACGCCUCACCUUCAUCUCUGCAACCGGCGCAUCCAUACAGCAAUGACGGCGGAGUGGAUCCCGCCCGAGAUCCUAGCAGGGUGUUGGUCGCCCCGGACGACUUGCCUCCACGGCAAACCACUCCGCGAACGCUAGGAGUGCACAACAUCCUCAACCCAUCCGAGCCGAGGGAAAUUCAGAGCCGAACAUCUCCGUCACUGCAACGGGCGGGUGCUGGCGGCGACAGCUCUCCUUCGAGCGUAGGGACGAGGCAGUACGGCGUUUCUGGCUCGCCGUACCAGCCAUAUGGCGCGGCGCCUGUCUACGGUGCUCCUCCAGGGCCUACAGCCUCCCUUGGCUCGUUGACCUCGAUUCCACCGCCCGGUCAACGAGAAUCUCCGAACCAAGCUCGACCGUUUCCUCCUGCCUUGGGAGCAGCAAGAAGGAUUCUGACGCCAAGGUCACCACGUUCACUCAGUUUUAGUCGCGUGACGACGCCAUCAGCUCUGGGUGAUACUCAGCCACCAUUUGAUUUCUCGACACCGACCGUUGGUCGAUUCGGAGCGACGCAGGAAAUGAUGCCAUUUUCCGGACCUCCCGGGCCGCCCUCGAGCAUGCCUAGCCAGUCUCCGCGAGCAAUGCCGCCCACUCCCGCUGCCUCGUCCACUACCAUGGACCCUCGUGCGUUCUCCCAGGCAGCAUUCCCUAAUACACCAAGCCAUCACUUCCCGCAAGGCCCUACGCAAUUUGGGGCUGCGGGGAGUCCGCAGAGAAUGGCACCUGCGUACGUGCAAGGGCAGUUUGAAUCAGUACAAGGGAGCGGGAGGGGCUACGGCCACCAAGGUAGUCCGCCAGCGGAGGCGAAUCUGUCGUCGGCGAUCAUGAAUGCUCUACAAAUUGGUGGUGGUGGUGGAGGGACGAGAGGCCCUGAUUCGCAGCCUCACCUCACCUUGCAGACUAACACGGGAGAGCAUAUUACCGUACCGUUGGAUGUUCAUCAAGGCUCGCGUCAGGCUGAUGAAAAACGACAUCGCAAUGCAGGAGCCUCUGCCCGAUUUCGAGCCCGGAAGAAGGAGAGGGACAAGGACUUGAGAGAGAACAUGCAGCGGCUGGAGAACGAAAAUCGGGAGUUGGGCAGACAGAACCACGAUUUGCAAGCCGAGCGCGACUAUUAUCGCAGUGAACGAAACCGGCUGCGAGACGUGAUCCUACGGACCCCAAGCAUCAGAGAGCACGCGGAGCAAGGACCUCCCAGCCCCCAGCCGCGCGCUGCCGCCUCCGGGGGAGCUGCUGAAGGGUCAUUCACGGGCUCUUUCGCAGCAGGCGGCAGUUCCUCUACGACGUCUCCGUCUCUAGCCCAUCAGCAACGUUCGCCGCCGUACGCAGAAGAGCAACUCGAAAGGCCGACUAGGCGGCGCCGAACAGACCCAACUGCUGCCGACUUCUCGCCUGCCCCUUACGCAAUGCGUCCGGCGCAGCCCCCGGGCUCCUUGCCCCCUGGCUCCUUGCCCCCUAUCGUCACUCAGGGAUAUGCGGGACCGAUAUCAUCAGCUCCUCCGAGCGCGAGACUCCCUCCUCUGCGCUUCGACCAGCCUGCGUCUUCUCCGACGACUGUGCAUCCGCCAGGGUUCGAAUCGCAAACGCCACCGCUGCCUCAUCAGACACAAUACUACGGACGGCCGCCGCCACACGAGAUGGGAUGGGCAACGGGGGCUCGGGAAUCCCAGGACCCCUCAAGACGGUGA